AGGCUCUCAGUGGAGAGUGCCAUUGUAUUCAAGGCUACUGCAAAGACCGAGCAAGAUCUAGCCGCAAAAAGGAUACAUUUUCUCCCCCGCGCUCCUCCGCUUUUUGCUUCUUUCGCUUUAUGUUUGUAGCUUGAAGGCUGCUUUGCUCAUGUCAUGCACUCGCUCACCCAGGAAAUCAAAUCCUUCUCCAGGUCUAAUCUGAGGAAGCAAUGCACCAGAGUCACGACUCUGUCCGGGAAGAGGAUUAUCGAGACGUGGAAGGAGGCUCGCAUGACGCAAGUGGUGGAAGUCGCUGACUGUCGCGACGGGGAAGCCUGCGGUUACGUGCAAGACCUGAGCUUGGAUCUGCAAGUUGGUGUCGUUAAGCCCUGGCUGCUGCUGGGUUCACAAGAUGCUGCUCAUGACCUGGACACCAUGAACAAACAUAGGGUUACCCAUGUGCUAAACGUAGCCUAUGGAGUUGAAAAUGCCUUCCCCCAUGACUUUAUAUAUAAGACCAUCCCUAUCCUUGACCUUCCUGAGACUGACAUCAUGUCCUAUUUCCCUGAGUGUUUUGAAUUUAUUGAACAAGUCAAGUUAAAGGAGGAUGGUGUGGUGCUUGUUCACUGUAAUGCUGGAGUCUCCCGUGCGGCAGCAAUCGUCAUAGGCUUCCUGAUGUACUCAGAAGGACUCAAUUUUGCCAGGGCUUUUUCUUUGGUGAAAAACGCAAGACCUGUGAUUUGUCCAAAUCCAGGUUUCAUGGAGCAACUCCACAAAUACAAUCAGUGCAAUGCUAAUAAAAACCCAGAAACUUAAAUGCUACAGAAUGAUGAAAGGGGAAGAAUUAACCGUUGUGGUUGGAUUGUGAUGAAUAAAGCCGUGAACUUUUUAAAGACUCCAGUGUAGAAUUACAGCUCUCACACAGUCAUUGUAAACUUUCUUUCACUGCUCAAUGUACAAUUUUAAAUCCA